AUGAUAAUUCAUAAGUUAACUUUGUAUUGCAGACGGUUCUAUAGAAUUGCUGAGAGUGCCGUGAUGUGGCUUUUUCGUACUGAAAUUUGUUUAUUUCUGUCAGUUUCCGCCAUUCUUUCAGCGUUUUGUGUACUUGAGUCCAUACUUCACCCUGAAGAAAACUCAGAAACGUUGGAAGUAUUGACAUUAUCAAAUGAUACCAGUUCAGAUUCGGAACUUGACGAUAAUGCUUCUUCACCAAUCGAAAAUAUAUCAACUUUCAUAUCACUUGUCCUGGGGCUGUUUGCAGUUCUUUUGGUUCUCUGGAAAGUAGCUGUAGUUAUGUUUUUUGGAAGCUUGACAUCUGCUGAAAGAGUAUCCCUUUCCAAGUCUCUCUUUCGUUUUGUUCUUUUCCAUUUUAUCAUACUUUCCGGCGCAAUUAAUCCUUCUCGACUGACAAGUCUCUUGGGAUGGCUUUGUUGGUUCAGUAUUCUCGGUGUGUUGCACAUGUUAACAUCUGUGGCUUCUUCCAGAUGUAACCAAAUGUCGGCUUCUGGUGCCGUAAACAUGCGCCAGUGGUUGCGGAUAUACUGUAUGUUUAUUAUCAUUUCUUUUGCAAAUUGGUACUUACUUAGAGCCGGUUUGGAAAACUGCUUCACGUUGGCAGACAUAGAUGUCUCAACUAGUGGAGACUUUUUAGAUCUUCAUUCACGGAAUUCCUUCUUAACUGGCCUCAAAACACCAACUGUGUUGGGUGCAUUGAAAGCUAAAAUAACAGGGAAAAAGGAGCUUUUGUAUGAUGCUGUUGAUGUUGUCGCCCUACUUAUAUCUGAGUUUGCGCUUCUGAUGUGUACAAUAUCACAUCUUGUUUGUGGAUUAAUCAUACAGACAUAUGACCGUUGGUGUCUACGCAAUGGUCAAAGCUGGCAAUACCAUUCAACAGUUACGUACUAUUAUGAGCUCUUUUUCACAUGCUUUUACCGGCUAACAGAAAUAACGCACUAUCUACAUCUUCUAUUAUGGAGUAGAGUGUUUUCUGUGGCUAGCCUUGUUGUUUUCUUGCAUAUACGUGUAUCUUACUCAAACUUGGCUAACAGUAUAUCUCGCCACCUAGCACAAAGACGACUAAUGAAAUACAUCAAUGAGAACUACCAGGCUUGCAAGACAGGGUAUUAUGUCGCUUCCAAGGAUGCUAGUGAAAAAACAGAAACAGACGAUAAGACUUCACAAAUGUUCUACUUUGAUAACGAAAAUCAAUCUGCACUUAUUUGUGCAAUAUGUUGGGAUGUUAUGACAGAUUGGCGUCGAUUACCAUGUCGUCAUGAUUUCCACGAACACUGUCUUCGUGCUUGGCUUGAACAGAAUCCAAGUUGUCCUACUUGUCGGCGUGAUUUGGGCAUACCUCCUAUACUUCUUCACAAUCAUAACAGGACACAACGGUCGGAAAACGUAGCAUUUGGUAUGCUUGUUCGAAACUUGUUCAAUAAUGUUGGGAACGAAGGUCCAACUAAUCGUAACGGAGUCAAUAAUGUACAGCCACUGAUUACACCUCAUAAUGCAAUUCAACCUAACCAAACGUCUGGCAUUUCCAGGAUGUUCGCUACGGCUGUAGGGUUAAAUCUUGGAUUAAGUAUUGGUUCUGCCCCAGUUGUCGCUGCUGCCGCUCAAACGGCUGCACUAAAUGCACUACCUCGUGAAUCAGGCACACAAGGUUCUGUUGCUAGUACUUCUGGCUCACAGACUGAAGAAACACCAAAUGUCCAUACACAGAAUGAGGAUAAUUCAUCUGUACGAGAAGCAACGCAUACUGAUGACCAAAAUCAAACUGCUCCAGGAAAUGAAGCUAGAGACCAAAUUAGACGUAGAUCUUUCCAUUUUGAUGGAUCACGCUAUUUCUCCUGGUUACCAUCUUUACAUGUUGAACUGUCUGAAGUAUUUCGUGAGGUAUUUCAUGUUGGUGGAAUUCAACCCUACAGUGCAAUUAACGAAUUGAAUAAUCAAACAAAUGGUCAACAAACGACAGGUUUUAAUCAUACUAAUGUUCAUAAUUCUAUGUUUAAUGGGAAUAGUGAUUUGAAUGUAUUACCAUUAUAUCUACGUUCUGCUGUUGACCAACUAACCAAUAUGUUCCCACAAUUCCCACGUUCUGUGAUAAUUGCUGAGCUUUUAGCUACAGGCGUUCCAGAUUUAGCAGCAGAAAAUUUAAUGGCUAGACCAUCACCGAUAACCCCUACUUCAAGCUCUAGUAACAUGAUUCCUACUACUAGUGCUAUUGUAAAUCAGAAUAAUUUAUUCAACGUAACAACUAAUAUAAACCGUGAAGCUGAAGAUACCUAUCAAUUUACACCAUCCAGUCCUCCUUCCUUAUUAAUUGAACAACUGGGUACAGCAGAUGGUGAUGAAGGUGAAGAUGAAGUACUAAAUGGUGACAGAAACUCAUCUUUCGCUGCCAGGCGUAAGGCAAUGUUAUGCAAAGCCAGAAAACGUUUUAUAGCAAGAAUUAAUAAUUCUUAG